GGGUAGGUCUACGUGGUGAGGAGUGGGACCUUUGUCGUGCACCAACACCACGAUGGAUGACUAUCCGAUGUAUGGGCUACUUGUUGGGUUCUCCCUCUGGGGGACCCUUUGGCUUCUCCUCUUUCCUCUGGGCUUUUGGCCCACUUUCACGUGUAGAGUAGGGCCCACUCGUGGUGGGACUUCCACCAACCCCUACACGAAGGAAGAGGAGGAGAAGAUGGCCGCCAUUCUGCAGGAGAAGAAGGAGAAGRAGGAGGCCAAGAAGAAGGCCUUGAAGGAGGAGCAGCUGGCCAAACUGAAGAAGAUAGAGGAAGAGAUGGCCAAAGAGAAGGAGAGGAUACAGAAAGAAGAAGAAGAGAAGUUGAAAGAGGUGGAAGAGGAAGAAGAUGAAACGUCAUUGGAGACGAAGCGACGUGAAGGGGAGGACGAGGAAGGGGAGGGGGAGGAGGAGGACGAGGACGAGGAACACGAGGAGGAGGAGGGAAAGGAAGUUGAAAGCCUAAAAGGAGGGAGGGUAGGGAGGCAGAAAGAGAUGGAGCUGGAGGAGGAGAAGGGGGAGGAGGAGGAGGACAAAGAGGAAGGACGAGAAGAGGGAAGGGAAAGCAAUGGUGAUGAUCAUGGAGGCGAUGAUGACGUGCUCCCUUACACUGCGAAUGAAGCGAUCCAGCUGAAACAGGAUCCAUCUGGCCUGGUCGGUGAACAGUUUACAGGCAAACUACAAGAUAUUGAAGACGUGGCAGAAUUCUGUGAAUCAGCAAGACACUUAUCACCUUGCUAUGAACCACCAUGUGCACCAUCCACAACGGAAAGGAAAUGCUGUAGCAGGACUUUUGUUGAAGGGGACGGAGCCUUGCCAGAUGGUGUGGUAGAUCGCUCGCUCUUGCAGCACUCGUCGAAGAGGCAAGAAGGCAGCUUUUUCUCUCGGGGGUAUGCUCCAAAAGGCUCGACCAGAAGACAGACCAUGGAUGCAUGGGGCCUUUCAAGUGGAUGUGGACGUGGUGGUAGUGCUGCAGGAGGAACGAAUAUCUGUGAGGGCACCGGUGAAAACGCUUUUGGAGGGAGGUGGGAUGAUAGUGGGCGAGGGGAUGUGGCACUAUCUACCUUCGCGGGACAGACUUGGCGAUCGCGAGUGAGGCAACCUCGGGGGAACACUCGGCCCGAAUUGCAUUGUUAUGGAUCAGCAGGGCAGUCAAUCACAGGUAUCGUCGAAACAAACAAGGGGAACAUGCAGCGAGAACAGUCAGGAUCAGAAGUAGGGAAGAGGGAGAAUUAUAUGGACGAUGAUAGGCAGGUGUUGAGAGAUAUAGCAAUGGAAUUGGCAAAUGAUGUCUAUGCUAUAGGCUGUAUUGCAGCUGAGCUCUAUCUUGGCCACGGCCUGAUGAACAAGGAGUCCACUGCGGCGUACUUCACCUGUGGGAUCUUGCCAGAGGCUGCUAGCAAACUCCCACCACACGUUCUACCAUUAGUUGAAGCAGCUCUUCACCCUGACCCUAUUAAGUAAGUCUGUCUACCUCUCCCUCUCACCCUCCCCCCCCCCCCCCCCCCCCCCCCCCCCCCCCCCCCACCUUCCUCCUCCUCCCUUUUUUCCCAAAGGACGACUUCACUGAGAUAUCAUCAUUGAACUGACCGGCCCCAGGUAAUUCGGAG